CACACACACACACACACACACACACACUGUCUGCAGUAGUUUCUCCUGCAGGCACACAUCGAGCCAGGACUCUUCCAUGGUGGGGGUAAGUUCGCCUUUAAAAAGCAGAAAGAAAACGCUCCUUUUUUCCUUGGUCGGGAUGAGCAAUGUUGUUUUCAUAUACGACAGGAGACAUGUCGGGACACAGUCUUUUAAUCGGGGCGUUUAAAACAAGUCGAGCUGACAAGCAGACCAUGUGUGGCUGAACUGGAAAUGGCUUGGCUUUGAAAAAAAAAAAAAAAAAAAAAAAAAAAAAAAAAAAAAAACACCGCAAACGAAACAGCGAAACUUUCUUUCUUCAGCUGAUCUCCCUGUUCUCUGGCCUGGAAAAGAGGGAAAACUGGGAAUAGCGGGAGUCUGGAAAAACGUUGGUCUUAUCCUAUAGACCUAUAGGAUUUGUCUCCUAUGGACGAAGGCAGUCCUCUUUCUCCAAAAGCAAACGCUUUCAGUAUCGACUCUCUGAUUUCAGCAGCAGGAAACGCGACUUUUGCCAAACACGGAUCCUUUACUACCAUGCACUACAGCACGGUGACCAGGGAAAUGGAAGCCAUCUCGAGCCCGUGGCUGACGCAGCUCUCCCAUUUUUGCGAUGUUGCAGCCUUCACCACGAGCAGCCUGAACAGCCUGAACGCGCCGGGCAGCUACCAUCCUCAUCCUCCCCAUCCUCAUUCCCACCAUCCUCAUCCUCACCACCUCUCUCCUUCACCCGGGGAUCCCUACAGCAGCCAGCAUGAAGGCCACUUCGAGUCGUGCCCUUCUGCCCCACAGGCCGCUUGUUACCCGCCGUACUCGGGCUCCGAGGCAGCGCAGGGCGACCCGAGCACCACCAGCUGCUCCUCUUCCUCCUCAUCCUCAUCUUCCUCCUCUUCUUCCUCAACGCCGAAUAAGUCUCUGGUGAAGAAGAACCCCAAAGUGGCCAACAUCAGCGUGCAGCUGGAGAUGAAGGCGCUCUGGGACGAGUUUAAUCAGCUCGGAACAGAAAUGAUCGUCACCAAGGCCGGGAGACGAAUGUUUCCUACUUUCCAAGUGAAAAUAUUUGGGAUGGACCCAAUGGCUGACUACAUGCUUUUAAUGGAUUUCCUACCAGUCGAUGAUAAACGGUAUCGCUAUGCGUUCCACAGCUCCUCGUGGCUGGUGGCCGGUAAAGCUGACCCCGCGACCCCGGGCAGAGUUCACUAUCACCCCGACUCUCCCGCUAAAGGAGCUCAGUGGAUGAAACAAAUCGUCUCCUUCGACAAGCUUAAACUCACCAACAAUCUACUGGAUGAUAAUGGACAUAUCAUCCUGAACUCCAUGCACAGAUAUCAGCCCAGGUUUCAUGUCGUCUACGUCGACCCACGCAAGGACAGUGAGAAGUACGCAGAGGAGAACUAUAAGACGUUUGUUUUCGAGGAGACCCGCUUCACAGCAGUCACAGCCUACCAGAACCACAGGAUAACACAGCUAAAAAUUGCCAGUAAUCCAUUUGCAAAGGGAUUUAGAGACUGUGAUCCUGAAGACUGGCCCAGGAAUCACAGGCCAGGCUCGCUGCCAAUAAUCAGUGCUUUCGCUCGGACAAGGAACCCAAUGUCUUCUCCCCCGCAGCAGAACGGUACAGAGAAAGAGGACAGCAGGAGAGAUUACGACCGUGACCCCAACGGCACACCCAUCCAUGCUGACCCAGCCCACCAGCUGAUGUCCCGUGUGCUCAGCCCCGCCCUGCCGGUGCCGGGCGGCCUCCAUGCCGUCCCCCUCACCUCCGGACCUCGUAGUCCGCCUCAUGAACUGCGUAUCGACGGGCACCAGGCUGCGGACACGCUGCACCAUCACCCCUACAAAUACCCCAGCACCUAUGAACACUACCUAGGGGCAAAAACCAGGGCGACUCCGUACCCUUUACCCAGCAUCCGGGGUCACACUUACCCCCCUCACAUGAACCCAGCCACAGCCAACAUGUACUCAACCGGCAGUGCGCCACCGAAUUAUGACUACGGGCCGAGAUAAUGACUCACAACAACAAAGACAAAUCAAAGACACCUCGAGACACACGGUCGCGUUCUCUGUCAUAUACACACCUACAAUUCUCCAUGUCCAAAGCUUGGGUUGAGUUUUGGAAAGAGAUGGAUGAACGGCCAUAUUUAUUAAACGGAGAAAUGUAUUUACGGAAAAACCUGAAAGGCCUGGUGGAAUGGAGGUCAGCUCCCAUUUGCCCUGGUGACUUUUACACUAUCAGAUUUUUAAAAGGGCGAAAGAGGAUCUGAAGACUACAGUAUAGACGCCAGCACAAUAAGAAGUAAUGCAUUAUUGCGGACUGGAAUUGAUAUUUUGUGUUGGAUGCACUUUUUUUGCUUUUAAAAAAAGCCAUAAGUUAUAUAUUCUUGAGCCCAUCGAGCUUCUAGGUAGGCAGGACGUUUGCAUGUUGCUCUGAUCUGAAGGUGUUGAGACGCCUUGGGAUAUUUUAUGUUUUUUUUUGUUGUUCCUGAUUGAGUUACUAUCCAUUGAAACACUAGGCCAUCUUAAGCAACUUGGAGAAGCUUGUACCAUGGCACUGACUUACUGCGGUUCAAAGUAAAUUUGGACAGAAUGACCUAGCUGAAUCUGUAAAAUAAGCAUUAAAUGUUUUACUUUCAACAUCA